AUGGAGGGGAAGGUGUUCUUGAGAAAAUACUUGAUAUGGGUGAUACUACUGUUGGGGCAGCUACAUGGAUACAAAAGCUGUGUUGAAAAUGAAAGGAAGGCUUUGUUGGAGCUCAAGAAAUACUUAAUCUCAAUCUCCAUAGAAGGGGAUCCCGACUAUGUUCUGCCUACUUGGUCUAAAGACACACAAAGCGAUUGCUGCAGUUGGGAGGGAGUUAAGUGCAAUCUUACAAGCACACGGGUCACCGAGAUUGCCUUUGAAGCACUGUCCCUCAAAUAUAGUUCUCUCCUAAAUCUUUCUUUGCUACAUCCCUUUGAAGAUGUUCGUUGUCUGAACUUACCCAGGAACGGAUUCUAUGGCUUGUUUGAUGAUGUUGAAGGUUAUAAAAGCCUAGGGAGAUUAAGAAACUUGGAGAUUCUGGAUCUCUCUUUAAAUUAUUUCAACAAUAGCAUAUUUCCCUUUCUUAAUGCCGCUACAUCACUUACAACUCUCUCUCUUCGGUCUAAUUACUACUUGAAUGGCCCUUUUCCUGCUAAAGAACUUAAAGAUUUGACAAACUUGGAAUUGCUGGACCUGAGUCAAAACAGAUUUAAUGGAUCCCUAGAAGUACAAGGCUAUAAAACCUUAGGUAGAUUAAAAAACUUGGAGAUUUUGGAUCUCUCUGGAAAUGCACUCAACAAUAGCAUAUUUCCUUUUAUAAAUUCUGCUACAUCACUCAAGACUCUGUUUCUUAGGUCCAACUACAUGGAUGGCCCUUUUCCACCUGAAGAACUUAAAGAUUUGGCAAACUUGGAACUGCUGGACCUGAGUGAAAACAAAUUUAAUGGCUCCAUACCAAUACAAGUGUUACCUGCCAUGAGAAAUCUGAAAGCUUUGGAUCUAAGUGGUAAUGAAUUUUCUGCAUCAAAUAGAUUGCAAGGCAAGUCUAAACAUAUCCUUGCUAAUUGCAUCAAAAUUGGGAUUUGCGAAAUGAAGAAUAUGCAAGAGCUUGAUCUCAGUCGAAACAAACUUGUAGGUCAGUUUCCUUUAUGCUUAACUGGCUUGACUGGUCUUCGAGUUCUUGAUCUAUCAUCAAACACUUUGACUGGGAAAUUGCCAUCUGCUCUCACAAGCCUUAGAUCCCUCAAGUACUUAUCGUUGCUAGAUAACAACUUUGAAGGCUUCUUUUCACUUGGUUUGCUUGCCAACCUAUCAGAGCUGAGGGUUUUCAAACUUAAUUCAAGGUCCAAAUCACUUCAAAUAGAGUCUGAAGGCUUUUGGAAGCCAAAAUUUCAACUGAGAGUUGUUGAACUACCAUCUUGCAACUUGGUGAAGGUUCCUUAUUUUCUCAUAUACCAAAAGGAUUUGAGUCGCAUUGAUCUUUCUGACAAUAAAAUAUUUGGAGGUUUUCCUCAUUGGCUAUUGGUAAACAAUACAAAACUCGAAGUUUUGUUUCUACAAAAUAAUUCGGUUACAAGCUUUCAGCUACAAGAAUCUGCUCAUAAUCUGCGUAUCCUGGAUGUGUCAGCCAAUGAAUUCAAUCAUAUGCUUCCUGAGAAUAUUGGGUUGGUACUUCCUCAUUUACAGUACAUGAGGCUAACUGAUAACGGUUUUCAAGGACGUCUGCCAUCUUCUCUGGGUAACAUGAAAGAGAUUGAAUAUCUGGAUAUAUCUCACAACAACUUCCAUGGGACGCUGCCAAGAAGUUUUGUUUUUGGUUGUCAUUCCUUGAGAAUCUUGACGCUGUCACACAACAAACUAAGUGGAGAGGUGUUUCCAGAAUCAGUCAACUUCACUAAUAUGUGGGAGCUGUCUAUGGAUAACAAUCUGUUUACAGGAAAGAUUGGUCAAGGUUUGCGGAACUUUGAAAGCUUGCAUGUACUUGACAUUUCGAACAACAGACUCACAGGUGUUAUUCCAAGCUGGAUUGGUGAACUUUCAUACUUAAACGUAAUACUACUUUCAAACAACUCAUUGGAAGGUGAAAUACCUAUUUCUUUGUUCAACAUAUCUUAUCUUCAUCUGUUGGACCUUUCCGCCAAUAUCUUAUCUGGUGGCAUACCUCCGUAUGUCAAUUCAGCGUUGAUGAUGGUAGUAUUACUUCUUAAAGAUAAUAAAUUAUCAGGGGUUAUUCCAGACACAUUGCUGGUGAAUGUCUCCAUACUUAAUCUGAGAAAUAACAGAUUGUUUGGGAAUAUUCCUGAGUUCACCAACACCCAAAACAUACAUUCUCUUCUUCUUCGGGGGAAUAACUUAACAGGGAGUAUUCCUCGCCAGUUGUGUGGCCUAAGAAACAUCCAACUUCUUGAUCUUGCCAACAACAGGCUGAAUGGAUCCAUACCUUCAUGCUUCAGCAAUACAUCAUUUGCUUUUGGGAAUGUGAAUAUUUUAUAUUAUUACAGCACCGUGACCAGGUCUGGUCUUUCGUUCAGUGGCUUUUCUCAACAAAAAGACUUCCGUGUUGACACAGAUUUUGGCUAUAUAUAUUUCAAAUCUUCUAUUGUGCUGGAUCCUUUUAGUAUGGGAUACAGUUCAGACACCCAGAUUAAAAUUGAAUUUGCAACAAAACAUCGAUACGAUCCUUACAUAGGGGGAAAUCUUAAAUUAUUGUAUGGAAUGGAUCUCUCAGGAAAUGAAUUGAGUGGUGAUAUCACAACAGAUCUUGGAGGACUUCUGGAACUACAAGCUCUUAAUCUUUCUCACAACAACUUAUCAGGAUUGAUACCACAAAGCUUUUCAGGUCUGAAGAAUGUGGAAAGCCUUGAUCUCUCUUUCAACAGGUUACAAGGCCGGAUCCCAUCACAGCUAACGGAGCUGAGCAGCCUAGCUGUUUUCAAUGUCUCAUUCAACAAUUUAUCUGGAGUCAUUCCACAAGGAAAACAGUUUAACACCUUUGGUAAACCAAGCUACUUAGGCAAUUCUCUUCUUUGUGGGUUAUCAAUCUCAAGCUGUGACAUCAAUACCUUUCAAGAACAAGAUAGUGGAGUGGAAGCUGAUACGUCUGUAGUCGACAUGGUAUCUUUCUACUGGAGUUUAGCUGGAGCUUAUGUGACUAUACUUGUUGGAUUACUCUCAUCUCUCUCUUUUGACUCUCCUUGGAGAAGAUUUUGGUUCAGCAUCGUUGACGCUUUCAUCCACAAGGCGAAGAGUUUGUUGUGCUGUAUUGAAAAAGAAAGGAAGGCUUUGUUGGAUCUCAAGAAUUACAUAAUCUCUCUUACUGUUAAAGAGGGUUCCGACUAUGGUGUUCCUACCUGGAGUUACGAAGCAAAUAACGAUUGCUGCCGUUGGGAAGGAGUUAAGUGCAAUCGUACCAGCAAACGGGUGGCCGAGAUUGUCUUUAGAACACUCUACCUCAAAGAGAAUUCUCUCUUAAAUCUUUGUUUGUUGCAUUCCUUCGAAGAUGUUCGUAGUCUUUCUUUCCAUGGAGACAACUACGACCAUUUCAAUGGCAUGUACAACCAUUUCAAUGGUAUGUUUGAUGAUGUUGAAG